AUGGCAAGUAACGGAGAAUCGGAAAAGCAGGAGGAAAACGCGAAGCAGCUGCAAGACCGUAAUGACGCCGCGGAUUCGAACGAGAAAAUAAAGAGCCUCAAAACGCAGGUACAGGGACUCUCGAUACAAAUCCAGCAACUUUCUAACCUCUUUCAGAGAAUCGUGCUUAACGUCGCGGAAAAUGUAACCGGAUCCCCUUCACACUGUAACGUACACCCCAGCACAGACGUGAGUCCCAACGUGUCUACAACACAUUUACAGGCCCAAAACGCUAACCUUAUCAGUUCUAACGUGGGCGAAAUAAAGUGCUUACCCUUCUGGAAGCACGAUCCGGAAACUUGGUUCGCGUUAAUGGAGACGCAAUUCCUCUGCCGCGGUAUAACUAGAGAUGAGGAAAAGCUAUUUAAUAUAAUGAAUAGUCUAGACACGGAGACAACGCGCAGUAUAGCCAGCGUAUUUAAAAAUCCUAGCGCUGACGGAAAGUACGAUCAGCUAAAAAAAGCCCUCUUGAAAGAAUUUUCCGAAACCGCAGAGCAAAAGCUAGACAGACUUUUUAAAUACUCUGAGAUGGGACAGCGAAAACCGUCCACCUUCCACCAGGACAUGUUCGAGCUAGCGGCAGGGUCAGUUCCACGCAGCACGAUCAUAACGGUCUGGAAGGAACGUCUACCGAUUGACAUCUGGGUCCUCAUCGACGACGAGUCGGAUGAGAAGAAACUCGUGGAACGCGCGGAGAAGGUCCACGAAAUUGUAAAUAAGAACACGAGACGUGUCAGCGCGCUUUCUAAUGCCUGGGAACAAGCAGAGCCCGAAACAAAUCCGGGCAAUUGUUCCUCAUAG